AUGUCGGGCCGACACUGGGAGCAGAACAAGGAGGCGACGGUGUACGUGGGCAACCUAGACGAGCGGUUCAGCGAGCCACUGAUGUGGGAGCUGAUGACGCAGAUGGGCCCUGUGGUCAACGUGCACAUGCCGAUGGACCGAGUGUCGCGGCUGCACCAGGGCUUCGGCUUCGUCGAGUUCGACACGCCCGAGUCGGCCGAGUACGCGUCGCGCACGCUCAACGGCAUCCGCCUGUACGGAAAGCCGGUGCGCGUCAACAAGGCCAGCGCCGAUCGCCAGCGCGCCGCCGAGAUUGGCGCCGAGCUCUUUGUCAACAACCUCGACCCCCAGGUCGACGAGAAGAUCCUCUACGACACCUUUGCCCAGUUCGGCCGCCUCGUCGCCCCGCCCAACGUCGUGCGCGACCAGAACAACAUCUCCAAGGGUUACGGCUUCGUCAGCUUCGACAGCUUCGACGCCUCCGACACCGCCCGCGACGCCAUGCAGGGCCAAUACCUCCUCAGCAAGCAGAUCUCCGUCGAAUACGCCUACAAGAAGGACGGCAAGGGCGAGCGUCACGGCGACGAGGCCGAGCGCAAGCUGGCCGCCGAGGGCAAGAAGCACAACGUCGUCCCCGACGUCCAGCCCAUGCCCUCCGCCUUCUACAUGACCCACCCCAACCCCAACCCGGUUCUGCCGCCCGGCCCGGCUGUCGGUGCCAUCGCCGCGCCUCCUCCGAACAUCAUGGCUGCACCUCUCGGCGGCAAUCCCAACGGCAUAGCGCCGCCGGGCUCCUAUGCGCCACCGUCUCGCGGUCCCGUCCCUAUGGCCGCCCCCGGUGCCCCUGGCGCCCUCAGCUUCCAUCCCCGGCAGCAACAACAACAGCAGCAGCAGCAGCAACAGCCAUAUGGAGCUCCCGGAGGCAUGCCGCCAUCGCUACCGGCUGGCUUCGGUGGCCCCCAGGCUGGUCGCGGUGCUAUGGCUCCCCCACCUUCGUUCCCCGCUGGUCGCGGUGGCCCCGGACUACCCAUGGCUCCGACCGGUCUUCCGGCUCGGCCACCGCCAGGUGGUGUUGGCUCCGGUCCACCAGGCUUCGGCCGUCCGCCGCCACCUGGCUUCGGAGGAGGUGGCGGCCAGCAGCAACAGCAGCUCCCGCCGUCGGGCUUCGCGACCGGUGCCAACAGCGUCGGCAUGGCACCGCCAGGACUGCCUGUGUACAACGGCAUGCCACCGCCGCCACCGCCUGCGGGCUUUGGACGGCGGUGA